AUGUCCUACAGCUGCUGCUCUGGAAACUUCUCCUCCCGUUCCUGUGGGGGCUACCAGCGCUACCCAAGCUCCUGUGGCUCCUCCUAUCCCAGCAACCUGGUCUACUGCACCCGACCUCUGUUCUCCCAGCACCUGCCAGCUGGGCUCCUCCCUCUACAGCGGCUGCCAGGAGACCUGCUGUGA